AUGGCGUUUAUGAGACUUGGCUCCAAAUCUGAAGCUUUCCAUCGCGAAGGCCAAACUUGGCUUUGCACCACAGGACUGGUGAGUGACGUUACCAUAGAAGUUGGAGAUAUGAAGUUUCAUCUCCACAAGUUCCCAUUGCUCUCUAGAAGUGGAUUUCUUGAGAAGCUAAUCGAAGAGUCUUCAAGUGAUGAUGGAUCAAGCUGUGUUUUGAGUUUAGAUGACAUACCAGGAGGCGGCAAAACGUUCGAGCUCAUAACAAAAUUUUGCUACGGUGUGAAAAUCGAGCUUACUGCAUUGAAUGUAGUUAGCCUAAGAUGUGCAGCCGAGUACCUUGAGAUGACUGAUAACUACGGAGAAGGGAAUCUUGUCGGUAUGACAGAGACUUUCCUUAACGAAGUGUUUGGUAACUGGACAGACUCCAUCAAAGCUCUUCAGACAUGUGAGGACGUAACUGAUCACGCUGAAGAUCUUCACAUCAUCUCAAGGUGUGUUGAUUCUUUAGCUAUGAAAGCUUGUGCUGAUCCAAGCCUUUUCAACUGGCCCAAGAACGCAACGAGCGGGCAGAACACUGAAGAUGAUUCUCAUUUGUGGAACGGAAUCUCACCGUCCGGAAAGACGAUGCUGCAACCAACAGAUUGGUGGUUAGAUGAUGCUUCUUUUCUCAACUUGUCUCUCUUCAAAAGACUCAUCACAGCUAUCGAAUCACGAGGCAUGAAGCUUGAAAACAUUUCCAUGGCUGUUAUAUACUAUACAAAGAAACAUGUUCCUCUAAUGAACAGACAAGUGACAAUGGAUGAGCAAGUGAUCGAGACACCGACCACUUCUGAAGCCGAACAAAAAGAUGCUCUAGAAGAGAUUAUCAGUUUACUUCCGACCAAGAAAGGUGUAAAUCCGACCAAGUUCCUCCUCAGGCUGCUCCAGACCGCCAUGGUAUUGCACACAAGCCAAUCUUCAAGGGAGAAUCUUGAGAGACUUAUAGGAAAUCAACUUGAGCAAGCUGCUCUAGUUGAUCUUCUUAUACCAAACAUGGGAUACUCUGAAACGCUUUAUGAUGUUGAAUGCGUUUUGAGAAUGAUAGAGCAGUUUGUCUCAUCAAAUGAACAAGCAGGCAUGGUCCCUUCUCCUUGCAUCAUUGAAGAAGGACAUAUGGUGAAAGAUGGAGCUGAAAUGCUUACUCCUCCAACGUUAGUUGCUACUCUUGUCGAUGGUUAUCUCGCUGAAGUGGCUCCUGAUGUUAACUUGAAGCUGGCAAAGUUUGAAGCCAUCGCUGCUGCAGUUCCUGAUUAUGCAAGACCAUUAGAUGAUGGAGUUUAUCACGCAGUUGACGUGUUCUUGAAGGCGCAUCCGUGGAUUACGGAUUCGGAAAGGGAGCAUAUAUGUAGACUCAUGAACUGUCAGAAGCUCUCAUUGGAAGCAAGCGCACAUGCAGCUCAGAACGAGAGGCUGCCUCUUAGGGUGAUUGUUCAGGUUCUAUUUUUCGAACAGCUUAGGCUCAGGACAUCUAUAUCGAGCUGGUUCUUUGUCUCGGAGAAUCUAGACAACCCGGAGCACCAGAAUGGUUGUGUACUUAAACCUAGAGGUGAGAACGUGAGGGAACGAGUUUCUGAGCUGGAGAAAGAGUGUAUGAACAUGAAACAAGAGCUUCAGAAGCUGGUGAGGUCUAAGAGAAGUUGGAAGAACUUCACUAGGAAGCUUAACUUCAAGAAGAAAUCAGAAUGUUGCAAGCCUAAGGAUCAAGAAAAGCCAGUCGUUUAA